AUGCAUAUAAUGCAAGUCUACCACCAAAUUAUCAUCUCUGCGGAAGAAUUGACUGUCGGAACCGAUGGAACCGAUAUAAAAGUAGACAAUAAGGUCUCAAACCCAGCUUUUGUUGGACAUCGACUUACAUUCAACGCCAACACUGAGGGCCGAAGAAAUGGUUUGAAAAUAUUGAGUGACUUAUUGAAGAAGAGGAUCGUUUUAUUUCACAAAUUGAAUGCCAAAAAUGAUACAAACAAAGCGGAAACCAUUAAGACAACAGACAAUGACGAUAAGAGUGGAUCCAAACAUAUGGCAGAGUUAUUGAAAAGUUUAAAGGCUGAGAAGUCAGAUGUUGAAGAAGUAGAUCCGACAAACGAUCGACAAAAGCGAUUUCUAUUCGGCCCACCAAUGGAUUACAUGGUUAUUGAUUAUCACAUGCCUUUCCACCCCUUCUAUCCUCCCGACGAUUAUGUGGUCGAAACAAUUGAUUACUACUGA